CUAUACAUAAUAUGCUAUAAGAGGUAGAAUCCCAAAGCAGCAUUGAUUCUGAUUAUGGCUGGGGUCUAUGCAAGGUGCCAAAAUAAGCAACCUAUUAUUUUUAAAUCUUUCUCAAAACAUGUUGAUGGAGAAAUCCCGACGUACCUGGCCGCUAGCAUUCUCUUUAAUUUCCUGGUUGCAUUUAUUGCUCGCUUUUCCUUAUAUGAUUUGCUACCUACGUCCUUACCUUAAUUCCUAACUUCCUUAGUCCCUUUCCUAGUUCCCUUUAUUGCCUUAUUUCAUUUUCUGCUUUCUUAGCUUCAAGUUUCAGUGGGCCAUGCUACAGCUGGAUGCCAUAAGGCAGAGGAAGAAUGGACAUGGCACCAUUCUACAUGUAUAAAAAUAUUAUAAUGUAUUUAAAUAGAUAUGAAUCCCGAAUGCUGAUUGGCUGAUGCCGUGAUAUUGGACAGGGUAUACCACGAGUAGAGCCAGGUUAAGAGGUUCCAGAGAAGCUUCUACAAACUGGACACUCCUGAGCCUUGCCUUCCCAGCAUAUGUACAAACAACUGACCCAAUAAUCGUGGAACUAUUAAAACGAAUAUGAAGAUUCGUUAUAUAUUUAAAACGAAGAACGUAUUCUAACUUAAAAAUGUAAGGCACCUGAAAAUUCGAGACCAUAUUAUAGGGCUGUUGUUACUUUUCCAAACGUCUAUAAAAUAUAUGAAUAUAGUAACAACUAUACGGCACCAGCUGAUACACAUUGCCAUAUGCCUAAUAGUUUCUAUGUUUUUUUAUUAUUAUUAUUGUUGCGUUUAUUUAAAAAAGAAUAAUAAUCACCGUCGUAAGACCAGGCCGACAAGAAUAUCAGAAUUUAAAGUCCUGUCCGGUCAUGAUCGGGUUCGGGCUGAGAAUGAACACGUGUGUACGAACAAAUCUGAUCUUAAAACGAUAGUACCAUCAUUUCACCGACUGUUCGGAGACCGUGUUAAGUAAAAAAAUAAGAUAAUGCUUGAUUCGCAAUAAGACCGAUCGUUAUUAUAACAUUCGUAGCAGCCUCAGUAACAACAACCACAAUUAUAUGAAUGAUAAUAGAGGAAUAACACAGAAACGUACCACAAUAUUAAAUAUUGUAUCAUACCGUAUUAAUGUAUAAUAAUAAUACAUUAUAUUUGAAGGAUGACCAUGGGUAAAGAAAUGUGCGUCCCCGGCUUCCCCCAAAUAGUCCGUGGAGUUUGUAACUCGGAGGCGUGGUCAAUCGCCUUUAUGACGUCAUAGUUAGGCACAAUAGACUGGGUAUAAAUAGGGGCAGCUCGGUUAUUAUGCCAUUAUUAUUCAGUUGCAAGUGGAACGCAGAUACACUGUAGCCAUCGAAGUUUACUAUGGAGAAUCAAAAGGUAAGUCUAUACAUAAUAUGCUAUAAGAGGUAGAAUCCCAAAGCAGCAUUGAUUCUGAUUAUGGCUGGGGUCUAUGCAAGGUGCCAAAAUAAGCAACCUAUUAUUUUUAAAUCUUUCUCAAAACAUGUUGAUGGAGAAAUCCCGACCUACCUGGCCGCUAACAUUCUCUUUAAUUUCCUGGUUGCAUUUAUUUAUAUGAUUUGCUAUCUACGUCCUUACCUUAAUUCCUAACUUCCUUAGUGCCUUUCCUAGUUCCCUUUAUUGCCUUAUUUCAUUUUCUGCUUUCUUAGCUUCAAGUUUCAGUGGGCCAUGCUACAGCUGGAUGUCAUAAGGCAGAGGAAGAAUGGGCAUGGCACCAUUCUACAUGUAUAAAAAUAUUAUAAUGUAUUUAAAUGGUUAUGAAUCCCGAAUGCUGAUUGGCUGAUGCCGUGAUAUUGGACAGGGUAUACCACGAGUAUGACAUUGCUUGUUAAUGAUUUCAUUGUGUUAAUAAAGGGUUUAUAAGCGUCAGGCAUCUCAGUGGUUUGUGAUUAUAUGUUGAAUCCAAACUGUGACCUGAUCCAAUGUAAAACCAGAGGUUUGAAUCCCUCAGCUUACCAGGUGAAAAAGUCUGUUCCUGUGUUAUUGAGCAAGGCACUUGACUCUUCUUGCAUUUGUAUGGUGCUAUGGAUAACAGCAUCUGCUAAAUGACAAAAAUGUAAAUGUAAAAAUUGGAUUAUCAUUAAUAGUAGGCUAAAUGUAGGCUCUGUGAUGUUUGUAGAAAUGUGUUAUUGUGGUGAAAUGUACAACCUAUAGUGUGUCUCUGUGUCUGGAGUUAAGGAGUUAAAUGAAUCAUGCACCCUAGCUUUUCUCAUUCUGAAUGAUCUAUGUCUUUGACUGUAAUACAGCAUAGCAACCUGCAUGCAGCCGGCUGGUUCCUGACCCUACUCAGCCUGUUCGGUGUUGUUUGGCCCAAGGAUGGGAAAGCAGACACCGUUGGAAGUGGUGUGGGACAGCCAGUAGGAGGCGCUCGCUGUGAGGUAAAGAAGGAUCUCCUGCCUCAGACUGAGCAGAGGUUCGAGAACAGAAAGAAAGUCAAGACGAAACGGAUGAAGAGAAACAAAGUGGAGCCAAUCUCAGAGAGAGAUCGAGGUCCGAAGUUAAACUCUCCGUUAACAACAGGUAAUCGACUUGCAUUUAAAGGACCCUCCACAUCAACAGGAUCACUUGGCAUGGAUGGACCUCAACCCGUACAGUCUGGAAAGAAUGCCCAGACUCAGACCACCAGGACCAAUCAGACCAAUGGGACCAGUCAGACCCGUCAGACCAACGGGACCAGUCAGACCAAUGGGACCAGUCAGACCAAUGGGACCAGUCAGACCAACGGGACCAGUCAGACCAAUGGGACCAGUCAGACCAUCGGGGCUCCUCAACUCCAAGCCAUCAAUCCAGAUUCCUUUAAUUCUGUUAUCAACAGUUUUCUGGAAAAACUAACAGAGGAGCAAUUGAAGCUGUUAAGAGGUGGCAAUAUGGACCCUGUGAUGAAGACACUACUUGCCAUGGUGAUUUCAGAAAGUGUACUGUUUGCGUCCGAGGCUGUCCUGGAGGUGAUUAUGCCUGCAGUUGAGCGUUUUGUUAAAACACACAGGUCUCGUAACAGUUCGGAGGAAAAGUUAAAACAUGGACAGGCUCACCUCGGUGUCAACAGUACAAAAGCCAACAUAAGCCUGUCAACACAGAGUAUGGACAGGUUACUUACUGAGGAGUUUCACACCAAAGCCUCUGAAACGAUCAGGGAUGUUGUAAGAAGAUUCAUCUAUUGCGUGUCUUGUUGUACUAUACCUCCAUCCACUAUCUCAACACCUAGCUCAAGUCUCACGCAAUCUAUCGGAUCAGCCAGCUCUCCAGCAGAGAGAGAGCAGAUCCUUUCUUGCACUGUUGGUUGUUAUAACCGCAUGAAGAACAGGCUGAAGAGGAUUUUUCCGUGUCUCAUUAAAGAAGAUCUCUCCGGUACAUUUGUGGAGCCCACCACUGAUUCUUCAGCACCGAUUCCAACAUUGAGCCCUGGUCUCUCCUCCCAAAUGUUAAUGCAAGACCAUGUCCUCUUUCACACCGCUAAAGAGAUUGUCAACCAGGUUCUGGCCUUGUCGAAGUCUGUGGUGGAGAAGGACAGCUUAUCUAAUGGAAGGCAUCAUUCCGAAGAGUCCUUGGUCCUCGAUGGAUUUGUGGACGCCAUCUUGGCUGACUUGAAUGGUUCCAAUAGUUUGGUUGCGUCUGCCAGCAAACAGGGCCUCUCUGGGUUUAAUUCUUUGCCAUCUGUAUCCCUAAGUUCUGAGGAGUUUCAAACUAAAGCCUCAACUGCAGUUAAUGGGAUCCUUCAUUCAGGUUUGAUUGACUUUGUAAAUACUACAAGCCUAGAUGGUAGAAGUGAGGAGUUUUUGAACAGAACAAGUAUGGAUGGUGAUAGAGAUGUCAAAAGAUUCCAAAAGACUAGAACGGAAUCUUUAUCCACCUCUUCUCACACCAGAGCUGUAGCCUCUGAAAUAGUAAAAACCAUUUCUAAAAACUUUGAAAGCUUUGCCCAAAUGACUCAGGCGUCUGACACUGCAAUGUCUGGUCAGUUAGAGAAUUCCUUGUUUGCUUCAAGCCUUCCUUCCACUGUGCUUGAUAGAGUCAACAUGAAAGGAAAAGAAAUGCAUGCACACACUUCUAUGCUGCUCAACACUGUGUUCACCAAGGUCAAAGAUUUUUUUGUCAAGCAACAACCAGUCCUCAUAGCAAAUGUUGCUGAAGCUCCAAAACACCAUGAAUCUCUUAGCAGAAUAGCCACUCCCAUACAUGUGUCAGGUACUGAACAACCCACCAGCCAGUCCUGCAUUGAGCGGAAUUGCAGAGCCAUUGUAAUUGAGACAUUGAAGUGUAUCCAGGACAGAAUGACCAAGUCAGAGAGGUCGAGGACCUCAGCAGAAGGCCUACUGACUAGCUCCAUCGUGCGCUGCAUGUUGGAGGAGCUUGAUGGGAUGAGUCGGGACCGUAAUGUUGGAACAAGCCAGGCAUCUUCAGGCAGGCAGUCUUCCCGCUUCAUCAGCUCUUCCAAAUCCAGAGCAUCCCAGUAUGAAGAGGUUAGGAAUUCUGUACCAGGCACUCCAAUCCCAAAUGAGUUGCCUGUUGAAAGUGACUGCCCUAUCAUUAGGAGCUCGGACAGUGACAUGGGUAAGUCCAAAACCAAACCAGUGCCACCAAACGAGUUAAGACAAACAAUCACUGCAAUAGUUAACACAGUUAUGGAGAUCGUUCAAAGACAACAAAAUGAUGAGAAGGACAAUGCAACACUCAGUUCCAGUCUUCGCUACUUUUCACGUGAGCUCACGGACAAAGUUUAUGAACUCAUAAACAGUCACAACAGACCCCAGGAACUUGUUGUGCCUGCCAGGAAGGCAGUGACUGAUUCAAAUCUUUUGAAGCUGACGACCGGAUUGGAAACUACUCAAAAAGCCUGGGAGACUGAGCUGGUGAACUCCUUUACUAGGGAGUCAGUAAGACAUCUGCUAGAGGAUCAGAUCUUGUGGCAUCCUCCACAGCCUCAACUAUCAGGUGCCAGCCAAACUAUUGCCUCUGAUGCUUCUGACAAGGCCUUGGUGAAAUCAUUAACCAGGGAACUACAGAACAAAUGCAAUGAGACCAGCUCUUCACCUCCCUCUGCGACCAAGAAGUCCUCAGACACGGCACUUGGCAGUGACAAGACCAACCCAGUUAGGCUUUGGGCCGGUGAAGAGGAAAAGAGAACAGCAUUCUGUAUUCGGUUUCCACUCUUCUCAAAGCAUUCGAAGAAGGUCCACUGUCCUACCCAGAACCGGAACCCUGCUGUCAGUAAACAAGCAAUUGUCAACGAUGAAAACACAGGAAAAACUGAGAAUGUUUCCUCCACCAAGAAGAAAUCAAAGAAGAAAUCAAGGAAGCAGUUCUUUGCAGAGGCAUUUUCAGAUGUCAGAAAUGCCAUUUCCAGUGUCUUUGCCUCUUGCAGUGGGUCUACCUGACCUGAUUAUUAAUAAUAUAAAAAAUAUUAUUAAUUUCA